CCAAUAUAACCAGCAUAAUACAUUUAUUCCCUACAGAAUAAUAGUACUUGAAAUUUAAUGCGAAGCAAAAUAAAUUACUUUCAUUAUUUAUUAAUUAUUCUAUGAAUCAUGUGUUGGAAAAUUUACUUCAUUAAGUGAUUCCUUUUAAAUUUAUCAAAAUCAGAUGUUCAAUCAAAUAUACCAAGGAAACGUAAAUGAGUCUAUAUUUUUCUCUAUAAUCAAAAUUAUAAUACAAUUGUUAUUUUUUAUUUGUUGCAAUAAAAUAACAAAAUAAGAAAGCAUCAGCUUAUGAUGUGAUUGGUUAAUGACAUAUAUUGUAUCUUGUAAGAUUAAAAAGUGUUUUCUUAACUUUUCUACAUAUGUAACGUUAUUUAAUUAAAGCGAUAGAGCUAACAAUAAUUUGACAAUAAAUUGUUUUGAAUAUGUUGAUACAAUUUCUAUAUAACUAAAAUUAGUAAAGUUUCUAUAUACUAAAAAUUAACGCUGUUUAUACAUACGUACAUAACCAAGGAAAUGUUCAUUGAUUGAUUAAUAUUUAUAAUUUAUUCAAUCAAUGUCUCAACGUUCUAAAGUCAUCCAAUUAUACAAGACGCUCUUGUAUAUGGGUCGCGAUUAUCCAAGAGGUUAUGAUUUUUUUAAAAAAAAUUUAAAAAGAGUCUUUGAAAAAAAUAAAGGAGAACGUGAUUCUGAAAAAAUUGAUAAAAUGUUGGCCCAUGAAUUCUCCGAAAUACAUUAGGUGUGUAGAUGAAUCAUCAGCUCUACAAUUUCAUUGCAAGGUUCAUACAUCAAUUGACAUAAUAGAAGAAAAAUUAAAUGUUGGAAAUAAAGCUGCUACUGAUAUACGAGAUUUAUAUUUAAACUUAUUAUACGCUACUGAAGAAUACAAAAUGUAUAUACACAUAUUAUGUAUUUUAUAUCUGCGAAUAUAAUUAUAUUUCUUACGACUCCAGUUUUUAAAUUUCAGAUAUGGUUAUGCCACAAAUACAAAAAUUAAAUUUAUUAUUGUGCUACAUUCAUCAAAUGUAUCUUUGAGAGAUAAUGAUGUGAAAAUGGUAAAUUUUUUAUAGAUUAUUCUAUAAUAAGAUUGUAUUUAAUAUGACGAAAAUGUAUGUCUUUUCUUUACAGAUUUUUAAGAAAUUACACGCAGCUUAUUCUAAUGCUGUUUGCAAUCCAUUUUACAUUCCGGGUGAUCAGUUAAAUUCCAGGCAAGUUGAAUUUAUUUAGUUAAUGUGUAUGACAUUUAUUUAAUGCAUUUGAGAAGUUUCAAUGUAACAAAAUCAGUGUAUAUAUUGUUUCAGGUCUUUUGAUUUAGCAGUAAUGGAAAUAAUGGGUAUUAUAUCACCUUUUCAAUAAAUUACAGUUAAAUUGUUCGUAUCAAAUCUUAAGGAAGCUAUGAAUGAUAAACUCUGUAAUUCCUCAAAUAAUAUAUUACGUAUAUAAAAUAUUAUAUUUCUUUAAACUGUAGCUAUGUUAUACUAA